ACGUCCUCCGCGUCCCGACGUCGUCGACUGUGAGCAGUCUGCGGUGGAGGGGGGAGCCUCGACAUGAGGACCUGAGUUGUCGGCGGGCGCGGAAGAGAGAGAGAGAGAGCAUGGGAGAGGGCGGGGGGAAGUGGUAGGGACGAGGCAAGGACCUGCGGGAGGAGGUGAAGAAGAAGGUAGCGAGGAGGAGACCCCAUGGCGCGCACCUGAGCAGGCAGCGCGUGGCGGACCAUGGAGCUGUCGGUGCUGAGGGCCGGACAGCCGGAGGACCCGCCUCCAGCCGCCGCCGCCGCCCCCGCCGCCCCCGCAGCCUGCCCCCAGCCGCCCCACGCGCAGGCAGUGCUGGACGACGGCUACGGCUCUUCCAACAGCUCGCCGCACAGUUCAGAAGACCUGCAGGUGCAGCUGGAGGAGGACGAGAAGGGCUACGAGGCGCUGGUGGUGCCGGACGCCGCCCCCGGGGGCCUGGACGCCGCCGCCGCCGCCCCCGCCGCCCCCGACGGCCGCGAGACGUGGGGCCGCAACGCCGACUUCCUGCUGUCCAUCAUCGGCUUCGCCGUCGACCUGGCCAACGUGUGGCGCUUCCCCUACCUCUGCUACCGCAACGGCGGAGGUGCGUUCCUAAUUCCGUACACGUUGAUGCUGGUGUUCGGAGCCGUUCCUCUGUUCUACAUGGAGCUCAUUCUCGGCCAGUACAACCGGCAGGGGCCUAUCAGCGUCUGGAGGAUAUGUCCCCUGUUCAAAGGGGUGGGCUUCUGCGCCGUGCUGGUCGCCUUCUACGUGUCCUUCUACUACAACGUCAUCAUCGGCUGGGCGCUGUACUUCCUGGUGGCCAGCGCCGCGCCGGAGCUGCCCUGGCUGCACUGCAACAACUCCUGGAACACCGAGUGGUGCUGGGAGGCGAGCCCCGCUACCACCAACACCACCAGUACCACCAACACCACCGCCGGCCGCAACACACACUCGCCCGCCUCCGAGUACUUCCACCGCGCGGUGCUGGAGAUGCAGUGGAGUAGCGGUCUGCACGAGAUGGGCUACCCCAAGUGGCAGCUCAUGCUGUGUCUACUGCUCGUCUACAGCAUGCUGUACCUGUCUCUCUUCAAGGGCGUCAAGUCCUCGGGCAAGGUGGUGUGGGUGACGGCGACGCUGCCCUACGUGGUGCUGACCAUCCUGCUGGCGAGAGGGCUGAUGCUGCCCGGAGCGCUGACCGGCAUCUCGUACUACCUCAGCCCGGAGUUGUCCAGGCUCGCCGACACGCAGGUGUGGGUGGAUGCUGCGGUCCAGAUCUUCUACUCCGUCGGCGCCGGGUUCGGCGUCCACCUGUCGUACGCCAGCUACAACACGUUCCACAACAACUGCCUCAGGGACUGCCUGGUGACGACUGCCGUGAACUGCUUCACCAGCUUCUUCUCGGGCUUCGUGAUCUUCACGUACCUGGGCUUCAUGUCGCACAAGCAGGGCAUCCCCAUCAGCCUGGUGGCCACCGAGGGUCCCGGCCUAGUCUUCCAGGUGUACCCCGAGGCCGUGGCCACACUCCCCGGCUCGCACUUCUGGUCCAUGCUCUUCUUCUUCAUGCUCAUCAUGCUGGGUCUGGACAGCGCGAUGGGCGGCAUGGAGUGCGUGAUCACGGGGCUCAUGGACGAGUUCCAGGCCUUCUUCAAGGGCCAGCGGUUCGCGCGCGAGCUGUUCACGCUGGGCGCCGCCGCCGUGUCCUUCUCCGUGGCGCUCGUCAACGUCACCCCGGGAGGCAUCUACAUGUUCCACUUGUUCGACACGUAUUCUGCUGGGAUCUCACUGCUGUGUUCCGCCCUGUUCGAAGCCAUCGCUGUGUCGUGGUUUUACGGUCUGGAAAGGUUUUCGCAGGACGUGAAGGACAUGCUGGGCUCGAAGCCGGGACUCUACUGGAGAGUGUGCUGGAAGUUCGUCAGCCCGUCCUUCAUCAUAGGCGUGGUCAUGUUCGGCCUGCUGUACCACCAGCCGCUGCAGUACAACGACUACAGCUACCCCGGCUGGGCGGAGUGGGUGGGGUGGGGGCUGGCUCUCUCCUCCAUCUCCAUGAUCCCGCUGGUGGCCGCGAUCCAGCUGCUGAAGACCCCGGGCACCUUCAGGGAGAGGAUAGCCAUCAAUAUCACUCCCGAGGAAGAGCAAGAGAGUGUGCGGCAGACGCGAGUGGUGUCUCGUUUUCGCUGUAGACACUGGCUGUACGUGUGAACCACACUUGCAAGGCGUUGUUCUGCUGCCCUCCGUGAGAACAGUCAGCUUGGUGGUGUCUGCAUAGCAUUUACUUACAAACUCAAGAGUAAGAAGAGUUUUUUUUUUAUUGUGGGAGGAAUAAAAUGCUGUUUUAAGAAAGAAGAAUAGAUUAUUUUCGAUUGUAUUUUAUUCAUCCACAUAUUUAAGGCUUCCUGCAAAAGAUUUUCCAGUGAAAUCCACCCCGUAAUGAAUGACUCACAGUAUGUAGCCGAUGUCGAGAAAGUAAUGUGCGUUUAAUUUUCUAAGACUAUCGAGUUCCUGUUAGAGAGCAGUGUUCAUAUUCACGAAUAAUGUUGAAUUUAAAAUUUUGGUCACAUUAGAAUCAAUAUUUCAGAUUCAAUACACGUUUAGGGAUAAUUAUCUCACGUUCGUUCAACACUGAAGUUGAUUUUUGAUUCUUUUUUAAAACUGUGUAAACAAUAUAUUUUAUAUGUGUUUUGUAAAAAUCAAACUAUUAAGUUAUUUUAGUUUUAAAUAGUAUAAUUAUUUUAGUUUUGUAUAUUUUUAAUAACAUGUUAAGAAAAUUUCAAUGUGUUGACUUGUGUAAUGUCGAAAUAAUUGUGCUUAUUCAGACAGAAAUCUGCGCCUCAUAACCACAAAUCCAAUGAUAGUACUGUAAAUGGGGACGAAUAAACGAAUAUAAUAUAAUUUAUUAGAGACAAAAAAUGUUUAUUUUACAUUUUCGUAUAAGUAUAGAACUAUUCUUGUACUUCCAUUCUGGAAAUUCGAUCUAGGAUUUCGAAAUGCCUGUUCACAUUUCACAUGUGUUUUGGACUUAUUGUGCAACGUAUAGAAAGAUAAAGUAAUGUUUAGAAAACCAAAAUCAUUGUUUCAAGGAAAUGGAUAGGUUUUUGUACGUAUCUGACACACAUAACUCCUAGAAACAUAUAUCUAUGGCACGUAAAAGUGGUGUCCAUAAGUAUGGAGACUUUAUUAUAAACAUUUUGUAGACUAACAAAUAUGCUAUCUAAUUUUUUUAACGUAACUCUUGCACAGUCCGUGCUUGGGAAAUCCUGUCUCGUUUUCAUUUUUGAGCCACUUAAGUUCCGACUACUUAAAAAUUACAUUUAAAAGUCAUAGUUUGCUCAAUUAGGUAUACCUAUAUCGUUACCAUUUUUUUAACUUAAAAAUAGUAAUUGUAAAUGUAUUUUAUUUACUUAUGUACACUAUCGCAAGCGAAAAAAGUAUUCUAUGCCUAAAUAAUUAUCAGACUUUUAAUAUGGCAAUCAUAAAAAAAUUAAUGUGCAAAAAAAUAUUUAUUGCUUGCAAAUAUGAAUGUGCUUGAAAUAAGCUUAUAUAAAAUACAUAGGUGUUAUAUAAUAAGUAAUAAAAACCUUUUGAGCUGGUUUCAGAAGGAAUUUUUUUUUAGAUGUCCGUCGUUUGAAUUUAAUCAAAUAACAAAUUUAUUAUAAAUGUCAGUGUGCAUAAAUGUUUGCUUUAAUACAUCUCGUGACUUUAAAAACAAGCAAAGAAAGUAAUAAAGAGUGUACUAUUUAAGAAUUGUUAAACGUUAUUCUUGAAAAUUAUAUGAAAAUAUUUAUGACUACUCGUUGAUACAGCUUAGUUCCAAGCUUCUAGGAAAACAUUUUGAAACAGCUGAACAGUUAAAAAUUCAUGGAUAUAUAGCUGAUAUCCGACGACGCACAUGUGUGCCCCUAACAGUAUUAUGUGUUCAAUGUAAUAAUGUGUCAUUAGUGUCAAUUAUUGUAAUAAGAAAAUAAAAGUAAACAAAUC